AUGCCACGUCUCACGUUUCAAUCCCGAAGAAUUUGGCGCGGGAUUUUCACGGUUUCAUUUAUACUCCGCGCAUAUCUCACGUUCCAAAACUCUUAUCUCCAUCCUGAUGAGCACGUUCAAGGUCCUGAAGUGAUUGCCAAUGGCUACUUUGGUUGGGCGGCGCAGUUCCCCUGGGAAUUCACCUCAGAUAAUCCAAUUCGAAGCAUGGUGCCGCUGUGGAUGGUUUACGGUAUUCCUAUGUCAUUCUUUUCGGGUAGCACGUCCCCGCUGCAUGUGCUGUACGCCAUCCGGAUUAUUUUAACGUUGCUAACUUGGGUGCUCACGGACAUGGCCGUGGACCGUCUGUCAAAAUUCGAUACCGACAAACUGCGGAGCCUCAUUUUUGUUUCGACUUCGUACGUCACAAUGACCUACCAAGCGCACACGCUGUCCAAUGGUCUGGAGACCAUCUUGCUACUUUGGUGUUUGGUAAUUAUCCACGAGUUCAAAGUAACAAACACAAACACGCUUGAUAGGCAGUACGAUUCUCUUUUGUUGGGCUUUUUGUUGGCUCUUGGUGUGUUUAAUCGCCCCACGUUCUUGGGAUUCCUCGUGCUCCCCAGCAUACAGCUUUUCAACUUCUUCAUCCGUCACCCCGGUAGUCUGCUCACCUGCGUUUUUGCUGGUGUGGCUUCCAGUAUGUUGUUUAUCUAUAUUGACACCCUGCUCUAUGCUCAUGACGACUGGGUCAUCGCCCCAUUGAACAAUGUUAGAUACAACUUGCUGUCAACUAAUUUGUCUAUGCACGGUCUGCACCCUCGCUAUUUCCAUUUGCUUGUGAAUUUACCUGCACUAAUUGGGCCUGGUAUAUUGCUGAUUGAGCCCGGUACAUCAUUGUCUAUGCUGUCGGCGGUCUCAGGCCUCGUCUCGUUAUCUUUAUUCCCUCACCAAGAGGCUCGCUUCUUGAUCCCUUUAAUUCCUCUGCUCUGUAUGAACAUGGAUUUCCGUCGGUUCUCUGCCCGCUUCCAGAAAAUUUUGCUUGUUUUGUGGCUAGCAUUCAACCUAGUGAUGAGUUUUAUUCUCGGAGUUUAUCACCAGGGCGGCGUGAUUCCGGCCCAAACAGAGUUACGGAAAUACCCGCUGCCGAGCACCGUUAUCUGGUGGAAAACCUACGUUCCGCCUUUGUGGCUCACCGGAUUACAGCAUGAUGAAGUCAAAUACGUCAGUGUUGAAAAGUCCGGUGUUGAAUCGGUUUCCACAGCCCUAGAACCAGCAAACAAGUCAAUGGUUGUUAUCGACGUGCAAGGGCUCAGUCAGGACGUAUUUGACGAUGUUUUGUCUCGCACUUCCGGUACCACUUAUGUCGUUGCACCUCUAGGAUCAAAAGUUGAAAAAGGUGAGCUGAUUUGGAAACACAACCAGCACAUCUCGUUCGACAACGGUGGCUUGUUCUCAAGCAUGCGAGGUCUCGGUAUUUGGGAAGUCAAAAAGUCUAUUUUAUCACGUAUCUUAUGA